AUGGGAUGCAUCAAAUUCCUUCCGUGCUCAGCACUCACACAUCGAGGACUCAAGCAAGUGUUCGAUGAGGCAUUCUUGGUGGCGAUUGGUGUCAUCGUUAAGGACGACUACAUGAGGCCUUGCUGUAAUAUAUUGUGA